ACUCCGUAAUAGCGGUGGGGAUUCACAUUUUAUUACUGGGUGGCAAAUGAGAAGUGAGAAGUGAGAAGUGAGUACUAUUGAUGUUGGGUGUGAAGCACGCACCGUGGUUGCGUGUGGUUAAUUUACGUCGUCAACCAUUUUCAGUACUACUAACUUCCCCUUCUUUCUUCGUUCUUUCUUUCUUUCUUUCUCUGAAGCCUAAAGCUAAGCACUGUUCGCUCUCUCUCUCUCUCUCAAACAAUCUGUGUUAAGCAUGAAAGUAACAGAAUCCGAAGCGGAGGCGGAGGGGGUGACCGUAAGGGAGUGCAUUGAAGUGAUGUCAAGCCUCCUGAGCGAAAUCCCAUCCAUGGAGAGCUUCAAGGGAAAGUGGUCACUCAUCGGAGCCACACUGACACACCUCCAAACCCACCUCUCCGACUCCGAUUUCCCCGCCUCAAACCCACUAUCCCUCGACCUCCUCCGCUCUCUCUCGCAAACGCUCCACCACGCUCUCUCCCUCGCCCAACACUGCCACUCCCCCAACCCCCCUCACGGCAAGCUCAAGACACAGAGCGACCUCUACUCCCUCCUCGACACCCUCAACCGCCACCUCUACGACUCCACCAUCCUCUCCCGCACCCAUAUCGACAACGCCGCCGCCCUCUCCACCAACCCCCGCGACUCUCUCAGAUCCCAAUCCAGGAACCUCAUCACCCGCCUCCAAAUCGGCUCACCCGACUCUCGAAACUCCGCCAUGGACUCCCUGCUUUCUCUUCUCCAUCAGGACGACAAGAACGUCGUCAUCGCCGUCGCGCAGGGCGUGGUCCCGGUACUCGUGCGCACACUGGAUCACUCCACCUCCUCUGAGUCCAAGGAAAAAGCCGUUGCCGCCAUCGCCAGAAUCUCAACCGUCGACACCAGCAAGCCCGUCCUCGCUGCCGAGGGCUUGCUUCUCCUCAACCAUCUCCUCCGGGUCCUCGAUUCCGGAAGCGGGUUCGCGAAGGAGAAAGCCUGCAUAGCGCUUCAGGCGCUGAGUUACUCGAAGGAGAACGCCAGGGCCAUAGGCUCACGCGGCGGAAUCUCGUCGCUCUUGGAGAUCUGCCAAGCUGGCACUCCCGGUUCUCAAGCCUCCGCCGCCGGCGUUCUCAGGAAUUUAUCGCGCUUCGCCGAGAUCAAGGAGAAUCUCGUAGAAGAAAACGCUGUUUUCGUCCUCUUGGGUCUCGCUUCUUCCGGAACUGCGUUGGCGCAAGAGAAUGCCAUCGCCUGCCUCUGUGGUUUAGUCUCUGAGGACCAAAGCUUGAAGCUUUCGGUGGUUAGGGAAGGUGCGCUGGAGAGCUUGAAGAAUUUCUGGGAGUCGGGUCGGAGCCCCGAUGUAGCAAUUGAAUUUCUGGGUCAGCUGGCUUCGUGUUCGCGCGUGGCGGACGUUGUUGUCUCCGAUGGGUUUGUUGUGCCGCGUGUGGUGGCUGCAUUGGGGUCCGGAGUUAUGGCGGUUAGAGUUGCGGCAGGUAGAGCCGCAUAUGCUAUGUGCCCUUCGGUGGUGGGUUUGGAUAAGAGGUACCCGGUGUCGUUGCUGGAGUCGCUGGUUCAUUCCAAGAAGUGUAAGAAGCAGAUGGUUGCUGCUGGUGCUUGUGUUUACACUCAGAAGCUUGUGGACAUGGAUGUCCCUGGUUCCAAGAAGCUCUUAGAGAGCCUUGGUCGUGCCAAGAUUUGGGGUGUUUUUGCUAGACCCUAAAACGGUAACCUACUCAUGAAUCCAGCAGUUACACACAGACAAACACUCACUAUAGGAUUAUAAUAAGGCAGGCCUUGAUUCAUUCAUCUCUCUCUCCCUCUCUCUAUGUAUCAUAGUUUUUGUUCAGUUCUUCUUUCUUCUUUAUCUAAUUUAUUUUUCCUUUUUGCUUUUAGUUUUUUCAAGUGUGUAUAUCUGGUGUGUAUUUAAGUUAAUUUUGUGAUAUGUUAGUAAUUGUGUUCAUAAGGCUCAUGAUCUAACUGAGUUGAGUUCAUGUUCUUCAAUCUUCAUCUCAUGUUUGUAUUUAUUCUGAUCUUUUAUGAGUAGCUAGCUAUUUGUUUGUUUC